GUUUGUAUUGUAGGUUAUGUAUAAGAUUGUAUUGGUUUUUAUACUUUAUCUUUCGGUCAAUUGGUUUAAUUUUGGUUUUAAACUAUGUGUGUAAUUAAUUUGGUUACGGUACGAAAACCUGUGGGAUUCUCUCUUGAGCUAUAAUUUUUGUGUUUAGUAAGUCCGUAACGGUUCCAGGCCAAGGAAGGACUAGGCUUGCAAUUCAAAUAAGAAAACCAAACCCAACUGCACUUCAUUAGCGAUUUGACAUGAGUGGAAGGUCCCCAAAUUUUAUUCCAAGUCCACGGUUUUGUAAUGUCACACCAAAUAGAAACCAACAUUUUCCUCCUAGACAACCUCUAUAUUUACCCCCCAACUCUCCGUUCUUGAGUCCCAGAUCACAUCGAACGCCUAGUCCUAGAGGAAGCCCAAGGCCCAGUGGUGAUGGUUCUGAUUUCAUACCAUUGGGUAUUAGUAGUCCUGUAAAUAGAGCAAGACAACAUUGGAGUAGAGGUGGCAGUUUUAGUAAUAAUUCCAGUUACUCUACAUAUUCAACUUCAAGUACUCCCUCCAGUUUUAAUUCCAGUCAUGGGUACUCUCCAUACAAGAGGCAUAAUUCAAGGGGUAAUUUUAGAGGUAGAGGCAAAUUCAACCACAGUGGGUCUGGUUCUCCUCCUAUUCAUCUGUACUUUGACAAAGAGGCAUUGGAAGAUCCCUGGGCAGAUCUUGCUGAAAAGCUAGAGAAGAGGCAAGGACACAAGGCAAACAAAGUAACUGAUAGUGAAAAAAUCGUCGAUGAAUCUAGUGGUUCUGAGGUGUCGGAGGGUGAUGAGGAUUUGUGAUCUUAGAAACCUUGGUAAAGCACGUUACUAGUGUGUGCCUUGUACAAUAAUUAUGUAUAUUACAAAUUAUUCAUAGGCUACAAUGUUUGUAAGUACAAAUGUUUUUAAUUAUUUCUAAUAUUCUAAUUCAAGUUUUGUAGAGUACAAAUGAAAAUAAAUGUGUUUAUUUUGUAUUUAA